GAGAGAGGGAGAGAGAGAGAGAGAGAGAGAUCCAAUCCGGUUUGCGCAACGAGUGGCAUGGCAUGGCAUGGCGCACUUGAGCAGCGCUUGGUUGCUACCGGAUGCCGAUCUAGAACGUCAAACAAAACAACGCCAUACGUACACAUUCAUGUGCCGCGCCGGUGCGUGUAGCAGUAUAAUAUAGUAGUCUUCCUACGCUGCCCCCAGUGACAGCGUCGAUGAGCUUAAAGAAAGGCAUCCACUAGGAGGAGCCAGCAUAAGCUGCCGCAUAUACAAACACGCAUGUAGCCAAGGGAAGAGAGAGAGAGAGAGAAAGAAAGGGAGAUCAUUGAAAGCUGCACCCAUCCGUUUGUUCGCCACCAUUUCCAUCCUCUCCAUCAUGAGCUCCAAUUAGCACAUCGAUCCUCCUCCCCUUCUCUUCUCUUCUCUCCUCCUUUUCCUCAUCCGUGCGCGAUACUGCGUUGCCUGCUCGGUGGUAGUUUGUGGGGGGAGUGAUCAUCACCAAAGCCACAAAGGGGGGCGUAGAGAUAUAUAUAUUCUUUGGGAAAGCGUUGGGUUAGUUUUUCUCGCUUUGGGCUUUUUAUCCGGAGUUGGGUGCGUGCGGCGGGAGUGGUGGCGGUGGUAGUGGUGAUGGCCGGAGAGGAGGAGGAGAUGGAUCGGUCGACGUCGGCCGAGGACGGGUACUGCAGCGCCGGGACGGAUUCGCCGCGGGCGGAGUCCGUCGACGAGCAGGGGGGCACCGAGGAGUCGUCGCCCCCGGGAGGGCAGAAGCGGGAGCUCCUCUCGCCGUCGGCGUCGCCGUCGUCCCCGCUGCCGCCCGCCAAGCGCAGCCGAAGGUCAGUGGAGAAGCGGGUGGUGUCCGUGCCGAUCGCGGAGUGCGGCGACCGGCCGAAGGGCGCCGGGGAGGGGCCGCCGCCGUCGGACUCGUGGGCCUGGCGCAAGUACGGCCAGAAGCCCAUCAAGGGCUCUCCCUACCCAAGGGGGUACUACCGGUGCAGUAGCUCCAAGGGCUGCCCGGCGAGGAAGCAGGUGGAGCGCAGCCGCGCCGACCCCACCGUUCUGCUCGUCACCUACUCCUUCGAACACAAUCACCCCUGGCCGCAGCCCAAGACAAGCUGCCACGCGAGCAAGUCGUCUCCUCGGCCGGCGGCGCCAAAGCCUGAGCCGGCGGCUGAAGGUCAGCAGCCCGAGCCAGCGGAGCACGAGUCUUCGGCGGAGCUGGAGGUAGCAGAGGCGGAGCCGGAGCAGGAGCCGGAGCCGGUUGUGAAGCAGGAGGAGGAGCAGAAGGUUGUGCUUGAGCCGGCGGCGGCCACAACGUUGGCGCCGGCGCCAGUCGAGGAGGAGGAGGAAAACUUCGACUUCGGAUGGAUCGACCAGUACCAUCCGACGUGGCACCGGUCGUACGCGCCGCUGAUGCCGCCGGAGGAGUGGGAGCGCGAGCUGCAAGGGGACGACGCGCUGUUUGCGGGGCUCGGCGAGCUCCCGGAGUGCGCCGUCGUGUUCGGCCGACGGCCCGAACUCGGCCUGGCGGCCACCGCGCCGUGCUCCUGAUGAUCGCCUAUCUAUUUCUUUCUCUCCCCCUUUUUACAGUUUCUUUUUUUUUUUUUGCUUUCCUUUAGUUCUCUCCAUGGAGUAAUUUGGAUUGGAGGUAGUACAUAGCUUGGAUGAUCAAUGGGAGUGGCUCAACUGUGCAAGAGAGCCUCAUAAUUCUACCCUCCAAA